CUAAACCAUUACACCAAGUUAAUGCUUUUCUGUUAGACAAAGUUGAUGGGUAAGGCAUCAAAAUGGUUUCGCGGCAUUCUCGGCCUCAAAAGACCAGACUCGCCAUCUCCUUCGGUUUCACUUCCAAAACCACCCAAAGAGAAACGCCGUUGGAGCUUCGUUAAGUCUUACAGAGAAAAGGACCAUGCCACCGUCCAGCACCACUCCGUCGAACCCGCCGAGCCUCACGACCACUCCGUCGCCGUCGCAGCUGCCACCGCUGCCAUUGCGGAGGCCGCCGUCGCUGCUGCUCAUGCUGCCGCCGCCGUGGCUCGACUCACUAGCAGUGGACGGUGCGCCGCCUCCACCGCCGGGGGCAUUGUUCGAUCAGAAGAAUGGGCAGCCAUUAAGAUUCAAUCCGCAUUUCGAGGCUCUUUGGCAAGGAAAGCUCUGCGAGCUUUAAAAGGAUUGGUGAAACUACAGGCAUUGGUAAGAGGUGACAUUGACAGGAAGCGCACAGCAGAAUGGUUGCAUAGAGUGCAAGCCCACUUACGCAUACAGGCCCGACUCCGUGCUAGCCGGGCCCAAAAUUUGCUCUCCCCAUAUUGGAAUGCAAAGUCGUCAUCCAUUGCAUACCUUCACGGUCCAGCAACGCCAGACAAAUUUGAAAGCCCAAUCAGAUCCGAGAACAUGACAUAUGAUCAUUCAUCAUCGGUAUUCAAGAGAAACAGCUCCAAAUCCCGUGAACAAAUCAGUGGCAAUCAAGAGAAAUAUGGGAACAGAUCAGAUAGUCGUGUUGAUGAACAACCAUGGAAUCAACGAAGAUCGUGGACAAGAACUUGUAAUAUGGAUGAAGAAAGAAGUGUCAGGAUUCUUGAAGUUGAUUCUGGAAAGCCACACAUCACAUCAAAACGUAGAAACCUCUUUUACUAUCCUAGCCAAGCCUUGGUUUCGGAUCAUUACAGUCAGAGUUUGACCCACACAAAGGACUCAACAGUGUCUUAUCAAACGGGUCAUAGUCAAUCUUCCUGUGAAGUUGAGUCUUAUAGCCCUUUAAAUAUGAACGAGGUUGAGGAAAGUUCAUUCAGCGCUGCUGAGAAUAGUCCUCAAAUAUUAUCUGCGUCUUCCAAAGAUGGGAGCGCCAAAAGAAGUCCUUUUACUCCUACAAGGAGUGAUGGGUCAAGAAGCUAUCUAAGUGGUUAUUCUGAGUAUCCAAGUUACAUGGCUUACACUGAGUCUUCAAAAGCAAAGGUAAGAUCUCUCAGUGCUCCAAAGCAAAGGCCUCAGUAUGAGAGGUGUAGCUCUUCUAAUAGGUACUCUCUUCAUGCAUUUGGUGAGUCAAAAUUGGCCACACAAGGGGUAUCUGCAUUGCACGCAAGCUUCACUAGCAAAGCCUAUCCCGGUUCUGGUCGUUUGGACAAACUUGGUUUGCCUGUGGGGUAUAGAUACUGACGUAUGCGUUUGUGUUAAAAUGGAUUAUGGUUUCUGCCUCUCGACCUUAUUUUGAGUGGAGUGUAUCUUUGCUAACAUGUUGUAUUUAGCUUCAAACCUUCGCUGUCCAAGUUUAGUUUUUAUUUUCUCUCUUUUUUGUGCCACAUUUAGAAUUCUGUAAUCGGCCCAUA